AUGGGGGCACAAAGCUGCAAGAACCGUGCCCCGAGCAGGGGCAGCCCCCACGGCACCGCCGGGGAGCUGCUGCUCCAGGCCCUGGAAGACCUCUGUGAGCUGGAUUUUAAAAGAUUCCGUCAUGCGCUGGCGCACGGGGACCUGCGGGGCUGGAGCUGCAUUCCCUGGGGGCGGCUGGAGAAGGCCGACUGGAUGGAUACGCAGAACAUCAUGGUGCAAUUCUACGGUGCGGAGGCCGCCCUGGACGUGGCCAUAGCCGUCUUUGAGCACAUCCAGCUCCGCAACGCCGCUGCCCGGCUCCGGGAAAAGAGAGAAAAAGACCUGGGGCCUGGUUUGUCAUCAUCAGAUUACCAGAAGAAUUACAAAAAAAACAUAUGCCAGGCAUACAGCCGCAUAAAGGACCUAAAUGCCCUGGUGGGUGAGGACGUGAGCCUGAACGUCAGGUACUCAAAGCUGGUGAUCGUCAACAAGCACCUUGAUGAAGAGCAACGGGAGCACGAGAUCAUCGCCAUGGGACAGAGGCACGCGGAGAUCAUGAAGGAGCAAGCCAACUCCUCCAUCACUGUCGGCGACCUCUUCAAGCCCUGCUCUGACGGCUGGACCCCCAAGGUGGUCGUGCUCCUGGGAGCCGCGGGCGUGGGCAAGACGAUGACAGCCAGGAAGAUCAUGCUAGACUGGGCAUCCAACAGCAUGUUUGCAGAGUUUGACUAUGUCUUCUAUAUCCACUGCCGGCAGGGCAACCUCCUCACCAGCCAGGCCAGCAUAGCUGACCUCAUCACACAGUGCUGUCCCAGCAUCUCUCUGCCCCUCGCCAGGGUGCUGGAGCAGCCAGAGCGGCUCCUGUUCAUUAUCGACGGCUUCGAUGAGCUCUGCUUUUCCUUCGACCGACCCCAGUCCGAGCUGUGCUCCCAGCCCUGGGAGCAGAGGCCGGUGGAAAUCAUCCUGAGCAGCCUCUUCCGCAAGAGGCUGCUGCCCGAGAGCUCCCUGCUCAUCACCACGAGGCCGGCCGCCCUGCAGAAACUGGGCAAGUGCCUGGAGUGCGGGCGCUACGCUGAAAUCCUGGGGUUUUCCGUGGCGGAGAGGAAAGAGUAUUUCUACAGGUUUUUCAAAAACGCAGAGCAAGCGGCUGCUGCCUUCCAGUUUGUCAGAGGGAAUGAGACGCUCUUCACCAUGUGCCUGGUGCCCAUCGUGUGCUGGAUCGUCUGCACUGUCAUGAAGCAGCAGCUCAGCCGCACCAGGGGUCUUGCCCAAAGCCCGAAGACGACGACGGGGAUCUACAUCCUCUACCUUUCUGCCCUGCUCCAGUCGCUGAGCGACCGGCUGAAGGAGGGCAUGCCCAGGGUGCUCAGGAGGUUGUGCUGCCUGGCGGCCGAUGGUGUCUGGAAGCAGAAGGUCCUCUUUCAGAAGAGAGAGGUGCAGGCGUAUGCACUGGACCAGCAGGAAGCCCUCCCGCUCCUCCUCAACGAGCACCUCUUCCAGAGGGACAUCUCCUGCGUCAGCACCUACAGCUUCAUCCACCUCAGCUUCCAGGAGUUUUUUGCGGCGCUCUUCUACCUGCUGGAAGAUGAAGGGGAAACACAGGAGCUCCCCGCUGGUCCCACUAGGGAUGUGAAGAAGCUGCUGGAGAACUACGGCAAUUCCAAGAACUACUUCAUGCUAACCGUGCGGUUCCUCUUCGGGCUCUUGAACAAGGAACGCACAAGGGAGCUGGAGGAGGAGAUGGGGUGUAAGAUCGCACCCAGGAUUACGCAGGAAUUACUGGCAUGGCUUCAAAACAGCCAGAAAACGGCCCUAGCAUCUCAGACAGAGGAGAUGGUGAUGAUUCGUGAGCUGGAGGUCUGCCACUGUCUGUACGAGCUCCAGGACGAGCGUUUUGUAGUGACCGCCUUGGAUCCUUUCAGGGGGGUGCACCUACGGCGGCUCAACCUUAACCACUUCGAUCAAAUGGUCCUUUCCUUCAGCGUGAAAAACUUCCCCAAACUGGAGUUGCUUGACCUGGGGCACUGCUCCUUUCUGUGGGAUGAUGCCGAGGACAGUGAGGGCCCGCAGCCGGCCAAGCAGGUGUGUCGGUUUGAUCAGUGUCAGCUCACAGGUGCCUGCUGCGGGGCUCUGGCCUCCGUUCUCAGCACAAAACCCACCCUGACAGAGCUGGACCUGGCUGGGAACGAAGACCUGAGAGACAGUGGCGUGAAGAUGCUGUGUGAGGGGCUGAGACGUGGCGCCUGCCACCUGCAGGAGCUGCGGUUGGGCUGCUGCAACCUCACGGCUGCCGGCUGCAAGGACCUCGCCGCCACGCUGGGCACCAUGUCCCGCCUGGAGGAGCUGGACCUCAGUGACAAUCCCCUGGAAGACAGGGGCAUGCAGGAGCUGUGCGGGGCUCUAGGCUGCAACGUGCAAAAGCUCCGGCUGUGGCGGUGCCGCCUGACGGAGGCGAGCUGCGGGGCUCUCGCCGCGGUGCUCCGCGCCAGCCCCAGCCUGAAGGAGCUGCACCUGAGUGACAACGAGCUGGGGGACGGAGGCGUGCGGCGGCUGAGCGAGGGCCUGCGGGAUCCUGCCUGCCAGCUGCAGACGCUGAGGCUGUGGCGGUGCCGCCUGACGGAGGCGAGCUGCGGGGCUCUCGCCGCGGUGCUCCGCGCCAGCCCCAGCCUGAAGGAGCUGCACCUGGGCGAGAACGACCUGCGGGACGGAGGCGUGCGGCGGCUGAGCGAGGGCCUGCGGGAUCCUGCCUGCCAGCUGCAGACGCUGAGGGCAGUUUGGACAUCUUCGGGGAUGUUCCUCAUCCUGGGGAGACUAUAUCCAGCCUCAGAGAACUCUCAAGAAGUCUGGAGCAAGGCUUUGGAGCGAGUUCCCCCUGGAAGCUAUUUCCAGGGCAUCCGGAGGACCUGUGGCGGGUGGAUAGCAGCACAGGGAAAGCUUCUGGCUGUGAAGGGCUGUGCGGGAAACGUCCAAACACCUCCUUUCUCCAAACGCCUCCCCGGCAGCCUGUGGCAAUGCCGACUCAGCGGCGCCUGCUGCGAGGACCUCUGCUCCAUGCUCAGCGCCAGCCGGAGCUUGCGCCAUCUGGAUCUGAGCGAGAACGACCUGGGAGAUGGCGGCACGCAGCUGCUGUGCGAGGCGCUCGGCCGUCCCCCCUGCUCCUUGGAGAGGCUCUGGCUGAAGAAAUCUGGAUUGAAAGAAGACACGCUGCAGAAGCUGGCUGCUCUCAGAGAAGUAAACCCUACGCUGAGCAUAGGUUACAUCUGAAAAACAGGACUCGCUCCAGUGAGGGACUCUGGCCUGGCGGCUCACUGGCAGAGCUUGCACGUGUGUUAAGAGGAGAUGAGGGUGUCUGGGAGGUGUUUCUUCUGUCUAUGAGAGGUCUUUUUAGUGCUGAAAUCACCUUCCAACAGGCGUGGCCAAGCUCUGUCUGAUCCUCAUGAGGAGCACAGGAAUUACCACCUGGAGCUGAGGUGUCUUCGUGCGUUACGGGUCCAGAUAGGACCUCCUCCAAGGUCCUGGGUGGGUGGGAAGGACAAGAGCUGAGGCCAUAGGAGCCCGGGCUGAGGUGAUGGAUGAAUCCGAAACUUCAGGGUUUGGUCCCUGGUGUUGGGAGUGCCCAAAGCACCCCUUGGCUGCAGAGAUUUUUAUUUACUACCCCGGUUCAGUCUCCGUGGUUUGUGCAAU